AUGUUGAUUAUUGCCAGAAUCCCUGAUCCUUUCGUGGACAUCAAUGAACAAUCUGUUCAGUGGGUUGCCGAAAAGUCGUGGCAAUACAAGCUUCGCCUCCCGGCACCAGCUAUCCACUGCCCAGACAACACCAGUACCGACCUCGUUUUUGAAGGUCUAGACACUUUCGCCACGGUCACUCUGAACGGCUGUGAGAUCCUGAAGUCAGAAAAUAUGCACAUUUCCAACCGUGUCAAUGUCAACAAAACUUGGAAUUCUGAUAGCGAGAACGUGCUUGAAAUUCUUUUCGACUCAGCUUUGCUCCGUGGUCGUGAUAUCGUUAAGCAGCACGGAGAGCACCAAUUCUUCGCACGGCAAACGGAGGAAGGAAGAAUCCCUGUUCGCAAAGCCCAAUACAACUGGGGCUGGGAUUGGGGUCCAAUCUUGAUGACGGCAGGACCGUGGCGCCCUGUCUAUUUCGAACAAUACACGGCAAGGCUUGAUGACGUGCGCGCCGUCUACGACUUGGCGGCAGACUUGAAAAGCUGCUCUGGACGACUCAUGGCUCGAGUUUCUGGUGCGUCUGAACAGACUGACCACCUGGUAUUCCUCCUGUCUCGCAAUGACAAGGUGGUGUUCAAGCAGACCUGUGGCGUUGGCGCAGGCGGUUUGGUCGAAGCCGCUUUUCAGAUAGAAGAUCCCUGUCUCUGGUAUCCGGCAGGGUAUGGAGCACAGUCACGAUAUCAACUAUCAGCAGAGGUGUGGAGAGGCCAGACAAAACUUGACAGCAGCACCAAGCUCAUCGGAUUUCGUCGCUGCGAGCUCGUUCAAGAGAAAGACGCCUACGGCAAGUCAUUCUACUUUCGGAUCAACGGAGUCGACAUCUUCGCUGGUGGAUCUUGCUGGAUUCCCGGCGAUAGCUUUCUCUCACAAAUGACUGCCAAACGAUACCACGAUUGGAUGAAACUCAUGGUUGAAAGUAACCAAAUCAUGAUCAGGGUGUGGGGAGGCGGCAUCUAUGAAGACAACGCUUUUCUGGACGCCUGCGAUGAACUCGGGAUCCUGGUCUGGCAGGACUUUGCCUUCGCAUGUGGCAACUACCCAGUUUAUACUCCCUUUCUCGAAAGCAUAGAAGAGGAGGCGCGACAGAACUUGAGACGCUUCAGAUCCCACCCUUCUGUGGUCGUUUGGGCCGGAAACAACGAAGACUAUCAGGUCCAAGAGAGAUACAAGUUGGAGUACUUUGCCGAUGACAAGGAUCCCGAAUCUUGGCUAGAGUCUACUUUCCCAGCCAGGUACAUCUACGAGUUUCUGCUGCCGAAGGUGGUUCAAGAGGAAGACCCCUCAGUUUUGUAUCAUCCUGGCAGUCCCUGGGGAGAUGGAAAACACACAACUGACCCAACGGUGGGAGAUAUCCAUCAAUGGAACAUAUGGCAUGGUUUGAUGAAUAGGUAUCAGGAGGCGGAACACUUGACCGGCCGCUUCGUCAGUGAGUUUGGUAUGGAAGCGUAUCCUCAUCUACAAACCACACGAAGAAUGGUCACGAGCCCUCGGGAACAGCGACCUGGCUCUCUGACGAUGGAUUAUCGCAACAAGGCCGUUGACCACGAACGCCGCAUGAUGACAUACGUCGCGGAAAACUUCCAGGUCCGCUAUGACUUGCCAGCGUUCACUCAUCUCACACAGAUCACACAAGCCGAAACCAUGCGCUACGCGUACAAGGCAUGGAGGCGAAUGUGGGGACAUCCUGGAGCACGAAAAUGCGGUGGCGUUCUUGUGUGGCAACUGAACGACUGCUGGCCAACUAUGUCCUGGGCUGUGGUGGACUACUACCUGGUCAAAAAGCCAGCAUUUUACGCCAUCGCGAGAGCGCUGCGGCCUCUGGAUGUGGGCAUAUCAAGGAGCUGCCCAGAAUGGACAUCGGGACACGCGGCCCCUUCAUUACGGAAGGAGUGUGAGUAUGACGUCUGGAUCGCGAGCAGUCGACUUGACGCAGCUCAGGUCGAGUUGAGGGUCAGAUUCAUCUCCAUCCAGACCGGCAAGGAUAUUCGCGACGCCAUCGCCAGUAUUCUCUAUGCUCAGCCGAAUGGGACGACAGAGGUCCACAAGAAGCAACGCGUGACGGUUGCAACAUCUGCAGCAAAUACUGCUGAUGACCCCUUUGUGAUUCAUGCCUCGUUAGCUCUUAACGGUGAACUUGUGGCCACGGACACCGCUUGGCCGGAGCCCCUUAAGUAUCUCGACCUGAACGACCGGCACGUCGGCCUCGAAAUCUACCAGUCGCGCGGCAAGAUCUCAAUUUCCAGCAGACUUCCAAUCAAAGGCCUCGUGCUUGAGGAGACAGAAGGCAUGAAAUUGAGCGACAAUGGCUUCGACCUCGUGCCUGGCGAGAAGCGGGAGAUACAGAUUGAGGCGGCGCCCACAACGGAUCAUCUAAGGUGGACUUACCUUGGGGCGCCGGAUGAAACAAGCACAUAUAGGCCUAAGUUGUAG